GGCUGAGACGACUACUCCCAUUAAGUUUGUUCCUCUGAGCACCUGGGAUGCAAACAGGGUGCACGAGCACGGCGCAUCCGACGUAAUCCAAAACGGACAUAUCCUUUACUUUUUUUUUCUUCAUUUAAUUUGUUUAUACUUGGAGGGAACCGAAAACCUGGGGCCAGUCCGUGCCGGGUAAGUGACUUACAGCAGCGGGUUCGUCUCAGAGGAGAUGGACCAGAUGACCAACCCGUCAGCGAUGGUCAAGGAUGAUAAUACAGAGGCGUGGACAUCCAUAGUGGAGUUGAGGUGGAGCUCCGAUGAAGAAGAGAACUCUGACCAUCAGGCGCAGUGUCUCGCAGCGCCGCAAGCUCCCGUGACCACCUACAAGCAGCGGUUGGACGAAUUUAAAAAGUUGUUCAAAGAAAUUCCAGAGUCCGAAAGACUCCUAGUAGAUUACCCGUGUGCCCUCCAGCGGGACAUCCUCCUUCAGGGACGCCUCUACCUCACAGAGAACUGGCUCUGUUUCCAUAGCAAUGUGUUUCGGAGUACGAAGAUUAUACUGCCUCUUAAAGACAUCGUGACUAUGACCAGAGAGAAAACCGCUCGUCUGAUUCCCAACGCCAUCCAGAUCUGCACAAGCACAGAGAAGUUCUUCUUCACAUCCUUCUCGGCGAGGGAGAAAAGCUACCAGGGUGUUUUCCGCAUGUGGCAAAACACGCUGCUGGACAAGCCUCUUACCAGCCCGGAGUUGUGGCAGAUGGUCAAACAGCAUUAUGGGCAAGAUCUGGGCAUCAGCCACGAGGAGAUGGAGAGCUUGGAGCUGUCAGUAGACUCAAGCAUGCAGACCAGCCUGGCGGUGAGGCCCGGUGGUGAUGAUGGUCCAGGGAGGCUUGAGCGCACCCCUUCCAGCCGCCUGCCUGGGAUGGAUCAUGGACCUUUCGAGACUUCCAACUCUCAGGGGGAGGAGUUGCUUUCCCCUCUCGGCUCCUCAAACACGACGGACGAUCCCCGCGGCACGCCGUCUCAGCGGCGCAGUCCUGCUCCCUCGCUGGACCGCCUCGCCCCAGAGCGGGUUUCCAAGCGCUCCUCGCUCUCUCUCGACCUCAACUCCAACGAGAACGAAGCGUCCGAGCAGAGUGGUUCAGAAAGCAUCGAGGACCUGGAGGAGCGAGUGGGUUUGCAGGUGCAGGGUCGGCUCUAUAUAAACAGGGUUUUCCACAUCAGCGCACAGAAGAUGUUUGAGAUGCUCUUCACGGACUCCAGCUUCGGCCGCAGGUUCAUGAACAUCAGGAAGACGACCAACGCCAGCUUUACUCCUUGGCAAAAAGACGCCUCAGGAAACAUGAAGAGGAAUCUGAACUACACAGUUACCAUCACUAACCCUCUGGUUGGCAAGUCCUCCACAGCUACGGAGAACCAGGUGCUAUACAAAGAGUCCAGAGACGGACACUAUUACCGGGUGGACUCCGAGGUGUACACUCACGAUGUUCCCUACCACGAUUACUUCUACAUUCAAAAUCGAUACUACAUCAUAAGUAACUCAAAGCGGAAGUGUCGGCUAAGGGUUUAUACCGAUGUGAAGUACAAUAAGCAGCCAUGGGGCAUGGUCAAGUCUUUCAUCACCAAAAACUCCUGGAGUGGCGCUGAAGAAAAUUUCCGACAGCUGGAGACCGAACUGAUGGAGGAGGAAGCGGAGUUGAAUCAAGUAGGCGGAGACUCUGGGAAGACGGUUGGCGUCCGCCGGAGGAGGCGGACUUUCAGCCGGACGCUGCCAGAGCACAUGAAGCCCAACAAGCCGUACGGACAAGAGCCCCAGCAGCACAGGGACGGCAACAUGGGCCCCACCGAAAUGAGAGACCUACACAAAUGGAGCACUACGACCAUAGUGGCUGGCAUGAGCUUCAUUCUGCUGCUCCUGAUGGUGAUGAAUCUGGGGCUGUUUUUUAAGUUGUGGGCGAUGGAGGACGUAGCCCACCGAAUGUACCUCGGCUCCAAGCACCGGCUGAGGGACCGCAGUGAGGCCAGCUUGACCUCUGAAUAUGGGCCCAGACAGGGACCAGAGUAUCGGAGCAGAGGGGACCCAGAGCUGCUAAAAUCUGUACUGCAGGACUCUAUAAAGCUUUUAGAACAGCUUCGCAGUUCUCUGGUGGUGCUGCAGGAAACCUUCGCUUUGGUGAACCGCACAGCAGGGCCGCAGUGAUGCUCCACACCUGGUGACUGCAGAAUGCCUCUUCCCGGCCCCGUGGAGAGAAAUUAAUAAAUCUGAGACUGCAGUGGUGGACCGCGCCUGAGGAAGUCUCUGGUAUCUAGUGACGUUGCCAGGUAGACACGCCCAGACCACUGACGUGUCAUUUGUUGCCAUGGGUUACAGGUCCCAAAGCCUGUGGUGAAGCCAGGAAGUUUUUUUUUUUGUUUUGUUUUUUAAUGCUGCAUACUGACUGCUGCAAGGACAAAGUUGCAUCAGAGUUUGCCGCACAAGGAGCGGUAGGUUUAGAUUUGUCGGUGCUAUUGCCAGCUCCCUCGGCUGGUGGCCUUGAAAUCCAGCAAACGUGCGCUGAUUGUGCCACACCAAAUGAGCUAUUGAAAAUGCUUUUAUUUGAUUCCAGUGAUAUGAAUUGACAUAUAAAACCACUGUGUAGCUCUGUACUUUUUUUGCACAUAUUAUAAUUUUUGCACAAGUAGCUGUGUUUUUACACUUCUUUUUUGAGUCAAAUCUGGUAAACAGAAGGUACUCCUUAGGUUGGGCCUUCAUUGCAUCACGUAUACACUUGUUUUGAUUGAUUUCCGUUUUACUAGUACGUGUGUUUUUCCUUUUGUUCUACACUGUAAGCCAGGUAUCGUAUAGCAGUUUAAUUGUACAUUCACUUGGACCCGUUGGUUAUCUCGGCACUUUGCUUUCAUAAGGUCAACCCUGCAGGCAAGUUUGCUAUGAUCUCCAAAAUGACAUUUAAAAAAAAAAAUUUAAAUCCGCUGUGGGUGACAUGCUCCUACAAUUGCCUUGUUUGUGUGCAUAUUUUUUUUUUCAGUAACAAUUUAGUAUACCAUCAUAGGAGAUAAAAUACAACAAAUAAACAAUUCAGAACUUGUUCAUUUAAAUGCUUUUGGAGUUCCUGAAAUGGUGACAUCAUUAUCAGGCCACAGAGGGAAGCUGAUGGCUAAAAACAAGCACAUAAUAGUCACAAUUGGUUGUUUCUAUGCUUUUGGAAUUGUCGAGUUUUAAGUUGAAUAAUUUGUGAACAGGGGGAAAAUAGCCAUAUUGCUUCUCUCUAAGAAUCUGAGUAGAAUAAGAGUACUGGAAUGAAUAUUAUUAAGCCAAGUUUACUAAUUUGUUUUUGUAUCAUGUUUGACGCUGGAACUAGAAGUGGAAAACUAGAUGGGAGUGAGGGUAAUGUGUCUGUCCCUUUUGUCACAGGUGAAAUACAAGACUAUUGAGACAUUUUUUUUUUAUAUUCAAGCAUGUUCUUGUGUUCGCCUAGAGGUGUGGGGUUCAACCGGUUGACGCUAUCUCGUAGUGGCCAUUAAUUUAUUAAAAAUCUACUGCUGUCUGUAUUUACAGGCUUUAAUAAAAUUACAAUGAAUAUAUAGUAGGUACUACUUAUUUGAAGUUGCUGAUUUUACUGGUGGGGUGCAACCCCCCCAGUAAAGGCUCUUAUUUUACA